AUGUCAGACGACAGUACAAAUGGUUAUUUUAAUCCACGCUAUAAAGCUCAAUCAACUUCUCAACUUUUAUCACCAGAUUCGAUCAGUGGUGACUCUAUUUCAUCAACGUUAUCAACAUCAUCUCUUGCUAUAUCAAAUAAUUCAAAAAGUCACAUAUCAGCAUUUUUUAAAAUGUCAUUACCACAUCGAAAAACUACUACAACACUACCAGCAGAAGAUCGUUUCAUUAUGACAAUAAUGAGAAGUCCGUCACCUCAUUCGCAAUGUGCAUCUUUUAAUUCUUCAAAUGAUAUUCCUACAACACCAUUAUCAACCACAUCAAUAACAAUGACUGAUGAUUCAUCCAAUAAUGGUAAGAUUUUCAAAAGUAAAGUAGCAGCAGCAUUCAAUCAUGUGAAAUAUCGUUGGGCUGUAAGAAUGCGACCCAAUUUUCGUACAAAUGAAUCACCUAUUUAUUUUCUUGGGAAAAUGUAUAAUGGUAAAGAAGAAACAACGUCUGAUGAUUUACCUCCUACAUUUAAUGAGCAAUCAUAUGCAAGUUUUUUAACAUCCUUUUCACAACGAAUCUAUUUUUCGUAUCGAAAACAAUUCGAACCACUCAAUGGUUUGAGACCUAACGGAGAUUUAAUAACAUCAGAUUGUGGUUGGGGUUGUAUGAUACGUUGUGCUCAAAUGUUGCUUGCUCAAACAUUAGUAAAUCAUAUGACCAAUAACAUUAAUUUACCUUAUUCACAUAUUCAAAUGUCAGAAAAAUGUCCGAAACGAAAUUCAAUCGUAUAUUGUCGAAAUGUCAAUCGAACGAAUCGACGAACACAUAUUUAUACUGAUAUAAUCCGAUUAUUUGGAGAUUAUCCUAAUGUUAAAUGUCCAUUUGGAAUUCAUAAAAUUGUUGAACUUGGUGCAACCCUUGGUAUUCGACCUGGUGAGUUUUUUGGACCUGUCAGUGCUGCUCAUUGUUUAAAACAAGCACUUCAAGCUGCUGUUGAAUUAAAUCAAAUACCGGAUACACUUCGAAUUUACACUAGUCAAGAUGCUAUUAUCUAUCGAGAAGAUGUUAUGAAUUUAUGUACAGCACCAUCGAAUUUAAUUAAACAAAAAUUGAAUCGAUCCAUUGACGCAAUAACAAAUAAUUCUUCAACAAUGUGGCUAACAUCAUUACUUAUUCUUGUACCAUUAAGAUUAGGCUUAAAUGAACUUGAUUUAAUCUAUGUACCUUAUUUAAAAGAAGCUCUGAAAUUAACUCAAACAGUUGGUAUUAUUGGUGGUAGUCCUCGGCAUGCUGUUUAUAUACUUGGUUUUCAAGAUGAAAGUUUUAUUGAUCUCGAUCCACAUUUUAGUCAAACAACUGUUAAUGUACUGGAAGAUGGAUUUGAUUUAUCUAGUUACUCAUGGUCGUCACCUAAAAAAUUAACGGCAAAAAAGAUGGAUCCUAGUUGUACAUUGGGAUUUUACUGUAGAGACAAAGAGGAUUUUGAAAUGUUUUGCGCUCAAUGGAAUCAUAUAUGCCAUAUGAAAAUAGAUGACCGACGUGCAUGUCCAAUAUUUCGUAUUGAACGUGGUACAUUUCAAGAAAGUAAUACACGUAUAUUCAAGUUCGAUUAUCCAUCGUUGAACGAAGAAGAAAGCGUGAUUCUUCGUGUAACAAAGUUAUCGUUACCAGAAAGUAAUUCAGCACUAUUAUCAACAAAUAAUCAUCAAUCGCAUAAAAGUAAAAGUUCAUCAAAAAUUCAAUAUAGUGAUUCAUAUAAUGAUGCUGGUCAAGUCUUAAAUGAAACGAAAACAAAAACCAAUCGUGCAAGAAAACAUUCAUUAUCUGAUGAUUACGUAUUUUUAUGA